GCCAGGGAAGGCAUCGCAGCUGGUUGUGAACUGCAGUGUGGGCGCUGAGAACUGAGCCUGAGUCCUCUGAAGAGUAGCCAGUGCCCAUAACCACUGAGCUACCUGCCCAGCCCUGAAGAUAAAUAUGCACUUUCUAGGUGACGAUGGACAUACAGAGGACCCAAUCCUUGCUUCUGCUCUUGUUGCUGACCCUGCUGGGGUUAGGGCUUGUACAGCCCUCCUAUGGCCAAGAUAGAAUGUACCAACGGUUCCUUAGACAGCAUGUGGACCCUGAGGGGACAGGCGGCAGCGACAACUACUGCAACGUGAUGAUGCAGAGACGGAGGAUGACUUCUACCCAGUGCAAACGCUUCAACACCUUCAUCCACGAAGACAUCUGGAACAUUCGCAGCAUCUGUGAUACUGCCAAUAUCCCAUGCAAGAAUGGCAAUAUGAACUGUCACGAAGGCAUAGUGAGGGUCACUGACUGCAGAGAGACAGGGAGCUCUGUGCCCCACAACUGUAGGUACAGGGCGAGAGCCAGCACUAGGCGAGUUGUCAUUGCCUGUGAGGGUACCCCAGAGGUCCCAGUGCACUUUGACAGAUAGAUGACAUCCUGUAGCUGCUACUGCUGGCAGAUGACCUCUGAGUCAGUGAGAAAAGCAAUGAGGGAUGGCUCUAGGCUUUGCUUCCUUUGCUUGUGUCUUAUCCUCACAUAUAUCCAACGUAACCCAUGGUGUUAAGUACUUCUCAUCCAAGAGAAGAAAGAAGCCUCUUUUCACAGCACUGAUGGCCUUGUUCUCCCAGAUUCUAUCGCCUGGACCAUAUGCAUUACAUGUAUUUAGAUAGUAUUUCAACUAUAUAAAGAGCUUUUUCUGUCCAAGGUGUCUCAUUCCAACCCUCUAACACACCUUGAUGCCAAUACUGCCACUUUACUUAGAAGCUCAGAGUUAAAGGAUUUGACGACCAUACAAACGGUGGAGGAUCUCAGACAAAAAUCAACUGAACGGGCUACUCACAAAGGUUACUCACCUACUUCUGUUAUCCCUAAAUGUCAUCGUUAGGGAAGCCACUCGGAGUUUGGAAAUAGGGACUGGAGAGAUACCUCUGUGGUCAAGAGCACUGGCUGCUCCACUAGAGGACCCAGGUUCAAUUCCCAGUACCCUCACAGCAGCUCACAACGGUCUGUAUCCAGCUCUAGGUGGUUUGACACCCCACACAGAUAGACAUGUCGGCAGAACACCAAUGCACAUAAAAUUAAAAUAAGGAGUUUGGAAGUAAAACAUCGGCAAAAUGAGAGCUACUUGGCAUUAUUUUGGUUUGUGGCUACUAAGAUUUUUUUAACUAUAUGAAAAAUGUAGAACAUCACUAAGAUUGGUUUACCCUUCUCCGAAAGAUUUUCAAUAUUUUAUUAUAAUAAAGAACUGUAUGUUGAA